AAAAGAAAUAAUAAAAUGCAUUAACAUAUCACAUCAUAAACACUGAAAAAGCAACUGGAAAAUAAGGAAUAAUUAAUGCAUACACUCAAACAUCUCGAGAAUAGAGUUACUCAUGAUAUUGUACCUGUUUUAAUUGAUAUCCUAAAAACAAUAGAUUAAGCCAUCCGAUUGGUUGCCAAACUUAUUCAACUAUAACCUAAGGAAUUCAAUUCAUUAGCAUUACAAGUAGCCAUUUAAAGAUGCCUAACUCAACCAAUCAAUAUUACUUUGUUGAAAGCGAUUGGAGCAUUACUUUAAGAAUUCAAAAUAGAUACACCAGAUCAAUUCAUCAGAUUAGUCUUUAGAUGUUGCUUUACAGGUGUUCCCUAAUUUGGAAAUCUACAACCAGAACAUGUUAUUACUGAUCUUUCUAGUGAUUCUGAAGGCUAGAGUGAUGCAGCUCAAAAAGCAAAUUCCAAAAUAAGAUCAACAAGUGUACUUGUCUUAAAAACACUUAUCAAAGAAUUCCCAUUGUAUUUUUAAAGCAAUUGGCAACUAUUCUUACAAAAAUUACUCUAGCUUCUUCAAUAUGAACCUAGAAAAAAUACUAAAAUCAAUUUAGUCUAAUUAAUAAUUGUUCUAUUGGAUACCCUUAAUGUCUCAAAAUGGAUAUAAGGUAUUGAAAUUGUUAAACAUCAACAUGGAUUUUAACCUAAAGCAUAUGUUUUAUUUUAAGGUGUUAAAUAAAUUCAUGAAACAGUACUUGCCCUCUUAUCUGGAUGGAAAUAGAAUGAUACCUAAUUCAAUAUUCAAUUAUGUAAAUUAGAAGUCUACUUAAUGCAGGAAUGUCGAAUUCUUAACAAAUUAUCAGAUUAGGAAGGAGCCAUACCUUUGUAUUAAAUUUCAUUAUAGUUAAUAAAUGAUACAACUGCGAAAACCUCUGCUAUGUAGAUAUUGAAUUAUUUAGUAUAUGAGGGAAUCAAGACAAUAGAUGUAAGAUUUUUGAUUAAGCUAUGUUUAUAAGGAAUCAAAGAUAGGAAUGAAAAUAAUAAUGAUCUUUUUGUUUAAGAAUGUUAUUAAUUACUCUAAAAAUGUUAAUCUCAUUUUCAUAAGGAAUUCUGUGAGUUGGUAAAUUGUAAUGAAUUGUAACGAAUUAAAUAAGCCAAUAUUCAAUAUUAUAGAAUUUUCGAAGAGAUUAGCUGUGUUGCUGAAUAAGGAUUUCAAGACAUGUUAAUAGAUGUAGCAUUAGAAUGUUUGUAAUCAAAUGCAGUUGAAUUGGUUCCUGCAGGAUUCAAUAUAAUAGGAAAUUUGUAGGAGUAAUUUUGGUAAAAAUAGGAUUAAGUAGUAAUUGAUAGGAUGUUAAAAUAGAUAAGUUAUAUUUAUGUAUAACUAUUUAGUGAUACUCCAUUCAAUAUGUCAAGUUUGAAAAUAACAUUUUAUAAGGCAAUAGGAACAUUAUGUAGUUCAAAUAGUAUAUUGUAGAAUGCUUAGAGAGUAAAAGAGUUAUCUUAGAUGUUUAAUAAAUUGUAAGGUAAUAAUGUUCAUGUGUUGGAGAAAAGUAGUUGGGCAGCAGCAAAUUUAAGUAGUUUAGUAAAUGUGAGUGAAGAUUUUUAUAAGUUAUUUUUGAAUUUUGCAAUGAAUAGUAAAGAGAAGAUUUCAACAAAUGGUUUACGUGGAUUAGGAUAUUAUUUAAUGAGAUGCAAAUAGCCAAUAAUAAAUUAAGAUUUGAUAAAUUGUUAUGCUAAUGCAUUAGGAUCAAAGAAUGCUAAAAUAAGUUGGAAUGCUUCAACAAGUUUACAUAAUGCAGUAUAAGGAGAAUGUAAAGAAUUAUUAGAGAAUGUGAAGAUUAGAUAGAGUAUUAGAGAUGUUUUAACAAGAGGAGGUAUAUUGAAUAGAAUUACAAUUAGAUAAUUUAAAGGCAUAGAUGCAUUGUGUAGAGUUGGUGAAAUACUUAAAAAAUGAAUAUGGGAAGGAAUAUUUGAAAUAAUUGAUAUAGAUUUUAGUGAAUUUUAAGAAUCAUGACAAUUUUAUAGAGAAGAAAUAUUAGACAAGAAUGAGAGAGAGUGUAUUUUAAGUGUUGGAAGUAUUUUUUAAGAGAUUGAGUAUGGAUGAAUUAAUAAAUGAAUUGGAUGAAUAAUUGCAUGGAGAAAAUGCAUUGGAAAGAGUGGCAAGUGAAAUAUAUGCAGCCAUUUUAGAUAAGAAACCAAAGGAUUCAUAAAUAAUAUUUGCUAAUAGUGAUUUAAGUAAGAAAGAAGUACUUCAAUUAUAACAAAAUUUUAAAGAUGAUGAAAAAACAUUUAAAUAAUAACAUGAACAUUCAUAUAUUAUAAAUUAAUAUUUGAGUGUUCCAGUAGAUGAAGAAUUCUAGAAUUGUUUUUAGUAAUUGUCAUUUAUUGCAAUGACAUUACAUAAUAUAAUAGAUGAAUCUCCAUCCGAAAAAAUAAUAAGUUUUUCUGCUUUAGAAGCUUUGUAAGAAUUGGGAACGGAUUCUAGAUUAAUAAAAAUAUAUUCAAUUGAUUGAUAUAUAUAUAUAAUAUAAAUGGGUUAGUAUAUGUG